UUUGGGAAAUCAAGUUAACAUAAUCUUUUGAUCAUCGGUCAAAAAGGUUUGGUUCUUUUCAGUUGCAACCAGUGAAAUAUAUUUAUCUUCUUACAAAAACUAAACUUAAGUCGAAAUGUUGGUUAAAAAUAUUGUGACGCGAGGUCUUCUCAUGAGAAAUGCUGGUAUUUUAUCGCGUGCGCUCUAUCAUGGUGUCGAUAAAAAGGUCACAAUGAAUGACUUGCCAGUACCUUCCGGCGAUUGGCAAGAACAAAACUCCAGACAAAACACCGUAUAUAAUACCUAUUUAAUAGUGGGUGUUUUGGCUUUAGUGGGAACCAUCGGUCUGGUCAAAUCCACUGGUGUGAUUGAACUUAAUUACUAUCCUCCCAAAUCUAUAGAUUAAAAGAGAUAGUUGAAAAAUAAAUCUUACUUGCAGUUCUUAGGUAAACUGAGAACAAUUUGAUGAAAUAAAACACAAUGGGAAUAAAAUCUAUAA